AUGCUUUCGCGUUCUCUGCUCUUGGGCGCCACUGCGGCUCUGGUGGCUGCCCUGCCUCAGGGAAUAGACUUCGAUGCUGUGGACAGCGUGCCCACGCCCUCUGUCUUGGGAGCCCCAUUGGCGGCGACGAUCCAAAGCCAAGUCCCCUCCUACUCGCCCUCAGCAGCAGCCCAGUCCGCGGCCGCAGCAGUGCCGACGGAUCCCAUCUCUUCAUCGACGGACGACGACAGCAGUGACUCGAAGCGUUCGCUCACCGCACGCAAAGCCUGCGAUCCCCAGAAAGCUGGCGCUGCUCCAGUGACGAGCCCAGAUACCGCGAGUGCGUUCCUCGCGAACGCGAAUUACACCACCAUCCAGGCGAACGCUCCGGUGCCGCAGGGCUAUCAGAUUGUUUUCCAGAAUUUGCAGGGUGCGACGCAGCAGAAUGGGUAUCUUGGAUACUACACCCUCUCAAGCUACGACACCGUCAAGUGCCAGCAGUACUGCGACAAGGCGUCUUCAUGCCAGGCUUUCAAUGUGUACAUUGAGAGGGAUCCUUCCGUCGAGCCGGGGACUGGAUGUGACAACCCGCCGAGUACCGUGAACUACAAGUGCUCGCUGUAUGGGCUUCCUGUGAGCAAUGCUACGGCCACCAACACCGGCCAGUGGCGGGCGAACUUCCAGGUUGUCAUUACUGCUUCCAAUGGCUACGUCAAGAACGCACCACCGCCAUCCUACACUGACUUCACCGGCCCAACCGAAUUCGGUGGCGCAAUCAACGCCCCCAUUAAAAACGGCCAAUCCUCAUACAUCGGCGUCAAAGUCUUCCCGGGCCCGUACGACCCCGGUCAGUGCGCUGCAGCCUGCGAAGCGCAAACCCAGUACGACCACGACCACCCUCGCUCGGACGGAACCUAUGACCCCUGCAACUUCUUCAACUCCUACAUCCUGUCCAAGAACAACAGCCCGAUCGGGACGUACUGCAGCUUCUACACGCAGGCGUGGGGGAAGAGCUAUGCGGUGAAUACGGGACAGUAUGAUUCGAAUGGCAUCUAUUACUCUGUGAGCAGCUCUUAUGGCUAUACCCUGUCGCCUCAGGAUCCGGGAGUUGUGAGCUCGUCAUGA